AUGACCCGCACGGACCCGCCGGACCUGCUGGUGUCAACCGUGUACCAGGACAUCAAGGUGGCGGCCCCGGGGCCCGUGUCGAGGCCCCCGCCAUGUGAGCGCCCAAUGGCCCGGCCUGCUGCGCCCGCGCCUUUCAACAAGCGCCACUGCCGCAGUUUCGAUUUCCUGGAGGCACUGGACCGGGAGGCCAUGGAGGCCCGUCCGGAGCCGCCGCCUCCGGAGCCCGGCGCGCCGCGCGCCCGAUCCCGCGACGGCGAGCCCCGGCGCCGCGCCCGCUCCAAGAGCGCACCCCGUGCGGCCCCGGGCCUGGCGCCCGCACCCGCCUCGCCGCCUGUGCCGCCGCGUCGAGGCCGGGAGGCCCAGCGGGCGGCGCCGGCCGACGCAUCGCCCCGCCGGGAGUCCGCGUACCCCGCGCUGCGCGCGCUCGCCAACGAGCUGCACCCCAUCAAGCUGCAGCCUCAGCGUGGCGGCCCGGGCCGCAUGGCGCCCCUGUGCGCCGCCGCCAACCGCUGUGCGCCGGCCGAGCCACCCGCGGGGCCGGCCCCCCACGUCCGCUGCCGCCUGGACGUCAAGCCCGACGAUGCGGUGCUGCAGCAUGCCGCCCGGAGCUCGAGGCCCUGCGGGCCCACCGAGACCGCGCCCUGGCCCCGCGCCGCCCCGCAGUUCCACGGCCUCACGGUGCCCGGGCCUCGCCACGUGGGGCUCUCGCUCACCCCCACCCCCAGUGACUCAUACUGCGCCGACCCCCGGGCGCUGUACUGCGAUGGGCCCCUUCCCGGGUCCCGGCACUACGCGGAGCGCCGGAGUCUGCCCUUCAGCACGCCGCCGGGCCCCACCCAAUUCUUCUACACCGAGGAGCCCGAGGGCCACCCCGGUGGCUUCAUGGCCAGCCCUGGACCGCCCUUCGACAGCUACUACCCCAGGCCCUUUCUGUUCGAAGAGCCACCCGGGCCCAGUCCAAGACGCGGGGGCGUCUACUAUGCGGGGGAAGUCCGCACCUUCCCCGUCCAAGAACCCCCCUCCCGUUCCUACUACGGGGAGGCCCCCCGAGCCUACGGCCCGCCCUGCGGCCCCCGCUACGCCCCGGAGGAGCCCCGGGCUCACCCCGCCGCCCGCCCCUUUUACACUGAGGACUUCGGGCGGUACCGCAAUCGAGACGCCCUGACGCGGACUUACCCACACCCGCGCGGGAGCCCGGCCUGGGGCGACUGGGCCCCGAGGCCUUACCGCACCCUGCAGGUGGCGCCGCCUCCCCCGGACCCCGGCCCGUUGCUCGCCUCGUGGCACGGUGGCACCGGCACCAGCCCACCCCGGCUAGCGACCGACAGCCGCCACUACUCGCGCUCCUGGGACAACAUCCUGGCGCCCGCGCCGCGCCGCGAAGACCCACUGGGCCGCGGCCGUAGCUACGAGAACCUGCUGGGGCGCGAGGCACGAGAGCCGCGGGGCACAUCCCCCGAAGGCCGGCGCCCGCCCGUCAUUGUGAACCUGUCCACCUCGCCCAGACGCUACGCGGCGCUGUCGCUGUCCGAGACGUCGCUGUCGGAGAAGGGCCGUAUGGGCGAGGGCCUGGCCCGAAACUGGUACGUCACGCCGGAGAUCACCAUCACCGACAACGACCUGCGCGCGGCUGAGCGCCCGAGCGCCAGGAGCUGGGAGCUGCCGGGGAGCCGCCCGCGGCCGCCUCCGCCCGCCGCCCCCGACGGCCCCGCCCCGGGCCGCCAGCGCAGCCUCGAGCAGCUGGACGAGCUCAUCACUGACCUGGUCAUCGACUCGCGGCCCCCCGCCGGCCAAGCGCCCGAGCCCGCGUCCGACGGCCUGGGCCGCCAGCUGCGGCGCCUGCUCGACUCGCGGCCCUCGGGCGCCGGGGUCCCUACGCGGGCGCCGCGCUCGCCACCCCUGUCUGCCGGCAGCGCUGAGGAGCCCGCGGGCCCGGGGCCGGCGGCCGACGCAUCCCCCGAGCCCAGCGCCGACGAGGACGACCGGAUGACGUGCUCCAACGCGCGCUGCGGGCGCACCGAGACCAUGUUCAAUGCCUGCCUCUACUUCAAGUCCUGCCACAGCUGCUACACCUACUACUGCUCGCGCCUCUGCCGCCGCGAGGACUGGGACGCGCACAAGGCGCGCUGCGUGUACGGCCGCGUGGGCAGCGUGUGCCGCCACGUGUUGCAAUUCUGCCGCGACAGCGGCCCAGUGCACCGCGCCUUCUCGCGCAUCGCGCGCGUUGGCUUCUUGUCGCGCGGCCGCGGCGUGCUCUUCCUGGGCUUCCCGAGUCCCGGCUCCGCAGACAACUUCCUGCGCUUCGGCCUCGAGGGGCUGCUGCUGUCGCCCACCUACCUGUCGCUGCGCGAGCUGGCCGCGCACGCGGCGCCACUGGGCAGCUAUGCUCGGGAGCUGGCGGCCGCCGGGCGCCUCUACGAGCCGGCGGAGUGCUUCCUGCUCAGCGUGUCCGUGGCCGUGGGCCCCGGCGCCGCGCCACCCGGCGCCCCUGCCCGGCCAGCUCCCGCGCCGCGCAGCCCCGGACCCACGGUGCGCAAGUUCGCCAAAGUGGCGCUGGCGGCCGGCAGCCCGGCACGGCCGCCCCCGGCGCGGGGCCGCGAACCCGACAUGGAGACGUUGAUCCUGACGCCGCCGCCCGGCACUGCGGGCCUGGACCAGGACGGCGAGGCGGGCCGGCGAGCACGCGAGGUGGCCUUCAUCCACAUCCAGCGAGAGCUGCGGCUCCGCGGCGUCUUCCUACGCCACGAGUUCCCGCGCGUCUACGAGCAGCUCUGCGAGUUCGUCGAAGCCAACCGGCGCUUCACACCCACCACCAUCUACCCCACGGACCGGCGCACGGGCCGCCCCUUCAUGUGCAUGAUCAUGGCCGCCUCCGAGCCACGCGCGCUAGACUGGGUGGCCAGUGCCAACCUGUUGGAUGACAUUAUGUGAGCCGCGGGGGC